AUGGCCGAAAACGAGAUUGAUAAAGAGAUCAAACAAAUGUUGUCAUUCGAGAACAGGGACGACGAUAGAGUCGCCAACCUACAAUCCCAGGUGGCAACGCUGAUGGAGCAAGUAGAAAAGCUCACUCAACAGGCUGCCCAGGUGAAAUCUUCAGUAAACAUUGUACAAAAUGAGGUGCACAUUGCCAUUGCCAUUGGCAGAGCGAGUCCAACAGGAGAUAUGGAAGGACAAUAG